AUGAGUGUUGAUACCGAAGUACGUCAACGAUUGGGUGUUGAUCUUCCACCACCUGUUGAUAAAUCAAAUGCACAACAAAUAUCAACUGAAGCAUUUGACCUUCCUUCUCGAGAUGCAAGUUCAAAUAACACAAAAUUACGUCAGGAUAUACCAACAACAGAAGAUGAAGAUAUUGAAGGAUUACCAUCACAUCCUAGCGGUAUUAUAGUAACGGAUGAAGCACCAACCCCAAAUCCCUACAUGAAAUACGUCGAUAUAUUGCUAGGUGGUUUAAGUCCACGUUGGCGUAAUUAUGUUAUACGUGGUGUGUUUUCAGCUGUUAUGUUAGCGAUAUUCUCGAAAAUUAUAUCAAUGGGACCAUUAGUCGUUUCGCUAUUAGUAUUAAUUAUUCAAAUUAAAUGUUUUCAAGAAAUAAUCAAUAUUGGUUACAUUGUCUAUAAAUCACAUAAUUUACCGUGGUUUCGUACUCUCUCAUGGUAUUUUUUAUUUACAUCAAAUUAUUAUUUUUAUGGUGAAAGUUUAAUACAUUAUUUUGGUUUUAUGAUGAAUAAAAAUAAUUUUCUGCAACCAUUUGUCAGUUAUCAUCGACUGAUUUCAUUUCUAUUAUAUACAGCUGGUUUUGUUGGAUUUGUCGUCAGCUUAAAAAAGACCUAUUAUUUAAAGCAAUUUACAUUAUUUGCUUAUACACACAUAACAUUGUUAAUACUGGUAACAGCUUCACAUCAAAUGAUACAAAAUAUAUGUGAAGGAAUGAUAUGGUUCUUAUUCCCUGUGUCAAUAAUUAUUGCUAAUGAUAUAAUGGCUUAUAUGUUUGGAUUUUUUUAUGGUCGAACACCCUUAACGAAGUUAUCGCCAAAGAAGACUUGGGAAGGUUUUAUUGGUGGUGGUUUGAGCACAUUGGUUUUUGGCUUUAUCUUUGCCGGCAUAUUAUGUCGUUAUCAGUUUUUUGUAUGUCCACUUGAUUACGAUGAAGAGAAAAUGAUGAUAUCAACAGAAUGCAAACCGUUACCAUUAUUUCAAUUGUCGACUUAUGCAAUGCCAAAACCAUUUUCCUUCCUCAAACGUACAAUGCAAUUGUAUCCGUUUCAAUUACAUUCGAUUUUAUUAUCAUUAUUUGCGUCAUGUAUUGGACCAUUUGGUGGAUUUUUUGCAUCUGGUUUUAAACGAGCGUUUCGUAUUAAAGAUUUUGCUGAUACAAUACCGGGUCAUGGUGGCUUUGUUGACCGAUUUGAUUGUCAAAUUAUCAUGGCGCUAUUUACAAACGUAUGGAUUUCAACUUUUGCUCGUGUGGCAUCUCCAAACAAAAUUGUACAACAAGUUUUAGCAUUGAGUGAUGAAAAUAAAGAAGAAUUUUUACGUCUGUUAAAGAAUUAUUUGAAACAUUAA